AUGAUAUAAUAGAUUAAAUAUUACAACAACUUAGAGGAAUUUUAAAACUCUUCACUUAAAUCUCACUAAUUUCUCGAUAUUGAUAUGAGUGGCAAUUAAAUUGGUGCAAUUGGAGCAUCAUAAUUAGGUUUUGCUUUAGAAAAUUGCACUAAUCUCUCAAAUUUAUCACUAAGACUUCGUGGCAAUUAAAUUGGUGCAAUUGGUGUAUAAGGCUUAGGUUCUGCUUUAGCAAAUUGCACAAAUCUCUCAAAUUUGACACUUAUAAUUGACUGCAACUAAAUUGGCGACGAAGGUGCAUCAGGCUUAGGUUCUGCUUUAGCAAAUUGCACUAAUCUCUCAAGUUUCACACUUAGGCUUGGUGACAAUUAAAUUGGUAAUGAGGGUGCAUAAGGUUUAGCUUUUGCUAUUGCAAAAUUCAUUAAUCUCUCAAAUUUAGCACUUUACCUUGAUUUCAAUUAAAUUGGUGCAAUUGGUGCAUCAAGCUUAAUCUCUGCUAUAGCAAAUUGCACUAAUCUCUAAAAUUUGAUACUUGAACUUUAUUUCAAUUAAAUUGGUGAUGAAGGUACAUUAGGCUUAAGGUCUGUUUUAGCAAAUUGCGCUAAUCUCUUAAAUUUGACUCUUUACCUUAGUUGCAAUUAAAUUGGUGACAAAGGUGCAUAAAAUUUAGGUUCUGCUUUAGCAAAUUGCAGUAAUCUCUCAAGUUUGACACUUAUUCUUGAUGACAAUUAAAUUGGUGCAAUUGGUGCAUCAGGCUUAAGUUUUGCAACAAAUUGCUCUAAUUUUUCAAAUUUGACACUCAGUCUUAAUAACAAUUAAAUUGGUGAGGAAGGUGCAUAAGGCUUAGGUACUGCUUUAGCAAAUUGCACUAAUCUCUCAACUUUGACACUUAAACUUUAGUAAAAACAGUUUAUUAGUUUAUGA